CAGCAUAACACCGUGUUCAAGCCUGCUGGUGCGCUUUUAACGCGUUUAACUGUCUAUUAUAAAGAAUUUGCGCAGCAAUUUUAGCUCACCAUGACUUCCCGGACCGGCUUCUUGUCGCACGCGAAAGAGAUAGCCGGCGCUCUCAUGCUCCCCGAAAUGUUCACGGUCUUCAUGGAAAACUUCACUAAUCCACUCGCGUGGAGUCUUCUACUCAGAGCCGACGUACUGCCAGUCACGUAUCAGAUCCGACGGUAUAUACUACAUGGAAAUGCCAAUGAGGCAUUGCGAUUGAAGGAAUCCUACCAGGGCACAUUCGCCAUGGCAGCUGUCGCCGCUGCCAUCAUCGCCCAAAUCGCUAUCACGCUGCCGGGCCUCCAAGACUUUGGCAACAUCCACUGGACCGCUACGGCAUUCGCUUACACGAGCCUCAUAAGCGGCCUCCUAUCCACCUUCUUUUCUUUCUACGUUCACAAGAUUCUGAGCGGCCUGCACAGCGCGGGGCUUGCGCUCGAAUGGCUCACGUCGCCCCGCAGGGGGCUGCUUAACCACUUCUUUAAAGCCAACAAGGCAAUUGAUAAACAUGACCGGAUCCCCUCGCUCAUGGCGGCCACGACGCUAACAGCACCUGGCCGCCUCCUCUUUCUCUCCAUCUCAACGCUCUUCGCGGCGCUGGGAAUCUACCUCGGCUCAGUGUACACGGGAAAACUGGGCAAUCUGAAAGGCAGCAAUGCCAACUUGGCUGUCUUGUUGUUUUUCACUAUUUCCGCGGUGUGGGGCGUUUCGGAGCUUGCUCUACCGCUGUACACGGAGCAGAUAAACCGGAUAAACCGGACAAACCAGAUUACCAUGUCGCUGGCUCGCGUUGUGCGCGACGAGGAGUUGCAGAAUGAAUAUCUACGGAACGAGAAGACUGAUGCAGGGGUGACGAGGGAAAAGCUCAGUUCUGGCGAAAGUGCAGACACAGGAGCAGUCAUCCGGCAAGCGUUGCAGGCGUCGAUUCGUGCGCAGGAGGAGAGUGUGAAAGCGCAGAAGGCGCUUUUGCAGCUGUUGGUUUCCCAGGCUGGUGAGAUCGAAUCGCUGCCAUGAGGACCUGAAGCAGAAGAUGCGCUACAAGGAAAGAGGAGAAGGAAUGGGCAUAUCAAACCGACUCUCUGGGACGUUGUGGUGGUGGCUUCGGAUCAGAACACUACGCGUAUUCGGCCCUCUAAUUUGCCUUAUAGUCCGAAGUAAGAACCUGUGUCAUCUUAGCUGAGCGAGCUGCAUGGGACAUCGAGGGACCUGCUUGUGUUGCAACAAAAAUCGAUCUAGGGGGCUUGCUUUCAAAGCCAUCCUUAAAGCGACCUAGCACAAACGCUAAUACUAGCACUCAAAACGGUCAAAAAAUGGUAUGCACUCUAGCUUACACAUGUAAUAAAG